UGAAAUGUUCCUUCCCACGUCACAUCUUCUCCUUGCUCUCUAUAGACAGUUAUCUUUCUCUCCCAUGGAAUCCGAUCGUCGCCGAUCCUGUUAUUUCAAGUAAUGCCACUCAUUGUUCACUCUCUGUAACUUGGUUGUGCUUCGGCUUAUUCCGUCUUGCUCCGGAGAUUUCCUGCUCUGGUUCUUGAGGGAAGCAACAGAGCUUAAAAUCCAACUACUCAGCUUCGCAUCUCUUCAGAAACUGUUCGUCUUCGCAUUCUCUGAAUUGUGCUUGCUAUUUUAGACACACACACAUAUAUAUAUAUGAACUUGCGUAAUCUUUGGCUUCGAUUAGAUACUUUGUAGAAAUUAAAUUCGUGAAUCUUUGAUUUCAAGCUCUACCGUCUGAUUUCGAUCUCGAAAAUACUAGGAUAUUGAUGUUUAAUGAUUAAUAGAAGAUAAAUAGAGAAUAGUUUGAGAAAUUGAUGAUGGGAGAGGCGAUGUUCGAUCUUAACCUGAAUGUGGAGUCAACUGAGUCGACUCAGAACGAGGACUCGGUCGCAUUUCUCGAUAAGUAUCCUGAAGGUUCGGGGACCUCUAACUCUUCCGUUGCUAAUGCGGAGGCGUCAAGCAAUGAAGACUCCUGCUCUACGCGCGCCGGGGGCGACGUGUGCACCAUCAGCUUCGACAUCUUAAAAGUCGGAGCCGGAAGCGCCGAAGCCGUGACGAAGGAGUUUUUUCCUGUGAGUAAGGGAGUUAACGGAGGUUUUUUGAGUCCUGAGAUGCAAGGACAGUACUCCACGACUUUCGCUGCGAGGAAUUGGAUCGAUCUUACCUUUGAGAGAGACAGGGAAGGCGAAGUACCGGUGGUUCAGCAAGCAUCACAGCCGCCGAAGAAGAGCAGGAGGGGGCCUAGGUCACGGAGCUCGCAAUAUAGAGGCGUCACAUUCUACAGGAGGACCGGGAGAUGGGAAUCGCAUAUCUGGGAUUGCGGGAAACAAGUGUAUUUGGGAGGAUUUGACACUGCUCAUGCUGCCGCGAGAGCCUAUGAUCGAGCUGCUAUCAAGUUCAGAGGUGUUGAUGCUGACAUUAAUUUCAGUCUCACUGAUUAUGAUGUAGAUCUGCAACAGAUGAAAAAUCUGAGCAAGGAAGAGUUUGUGCAUACACUUCGACGCCAGAGUACUGGUUUUUCAAGAGGGAGCUCAAAAUAUCGUGGUGUGACCCUGCACAAGUGUGGCCGAUGGGAAGCCAGGAUGGGCCAGUUCCUCGGCAAAAAGUAUAUAUAUCUUGGGCUCUUCGACAGCGAGGUAGAAGCUGCAAGGGCUUAUGACAAGGCGGCCAUCAAAUGUAAUGGAAGGGAGGCAGUUACCAACUUUGAGCCCAGUACAUAUGAAGGGGAGAUGACAUCGGAGGCCAUUAAUGGAGCCAGUGACCGCCGUCUUGAUCUAAAUUUGGGAAUAUCUCCUCCUCAUGGCAAUGGACCCAAGGAGAAGGAGGGGCAUCUCCAGUUUCUUUCUGGCCCUUAUGGUGUCCAUGGUGGAACUAGUUCAUGGAUGGGAAAGUCAGCAACUUCCACAGCCGGCGAUCCACCUAUUAAAGGGCUUGCAAGGACAUUGGAUCACCCUAUACUCUUUAAUGUCGUCCAUCCUAGCUCCUUUCCCAAUGAGGAGAAGAGACUCGAAUCAAAUUCACAAGGACGCCUCAAUUGGGCAUGGCAGAUGCAUGGUCAAGCCGGUGCAAACCCAAUGCCACUGUUCUCUACUGCAGCAUCAUCAGGAUUCUCGUUCGCGGCUACCCCUCCCUCUGCUGCCAUUCUUCCUUCAAAACCAUUAAACCUAACCGCAAAUAAUCCCCGUUUCACUACACCAACUUCUACUGCAACGCACACCCCUCACUUAUAUUUUACCAGAUGAAGCCACCACAUUCGCAUCCUAUAGUCUUAUCUCCCUCAUACUGGAGCAGAGUUGGGCAACAGUAACAGCAAUGCCGUUGAAAUUCAAUUGUCUGAUUUAAUUGUUGACUUGAUAUACACUAAGAUUUGCAAGUAUUUUAUCUAAGCAAAACGUAAAUGCUUAAAUAUGAUUUCAAUCUCUAGUAUUCCUGGUUUCCUGGAGAGGGAAAAGCAAAAAAGGUCUUCUAGA